CAUUGCACAAAAGUCUUCAGCCGCGUCUUGAAUACAUCUGUCGGCUCUUCAAAUCGUUCAUCUCCUAUUCGAUAUACGGGAUAUCGGGUCAUGGGAAAAUAGUCGGCGACAAGACCGUUUUCUAAUUCACCGGUUGAAGGACGAGUGGUGAAGGUAGCGAGCGCAACGAGUGCCGGCCGUAAGACAUUUUAGGAUAUCAGUACCAAGCGCAAUUAAUUAACGUCCCGCUCGCGCCAGCAUCUGUACCGGAUUUAUCUGCUGUCGUCUUCCCCGCGCGCGCAUCUAUCUGAGUCGGUUGCGACCAUUAUAAGUGAUGAUGACCAGUCCGCGCGAGAGUGCAACUUCUCGACUUCGUCAAACGCUUAAUCCAUUGAGAACGACCGCUCUUGGAGGAUUUCACAAUCAGCUGAACACACCGCAUUCUGCCAUAUCAAUUAGCUCAUCUCACACCUUCGCUGGACUUCAUACGCCGGCAAGUUCAGUACAACCUUACAACCCUCAAGAAUGGGUACCUUCUCCUGUUGUCGGUCCUGAGCGAACGCGACAGUUCCCACCACCGUCGUCGCUACGCGAUUCACAAACGGCAGCUCCCGCUCCACCUCCACCUUAUUCCCCUCCGCGAAGUCAGAGACCAGCUAGUAUUGUUUAUGAGACUCCUCCGGCAAACAUAUCCGCAGCUCGGGUUCCAGCCUCAAGUGUCCAUCGUCCCUCACCGGAACCAGCGAAUAGUCAAAACUUUCCUCCGCCGCCGGGCUCAAAUGGACGUGGUGCCUCUCGCGAAAGGCGUUUUGGCCUACCAUCUUUAACUAGACGAAGAGAUCGAGGCACCCCCGAGUCAUCGCCUCCUGAUCCUCAUCCUCCCACUUCACUAUCCCGACCUCAGCCACUUACAAUCCAAGUCCCCACUCCCGUAAAUCCAGCAAAUCCAGUAGACCCUAAUCUCUUCGGUGUGCCUCCUAGUGCGCGCAGGGCAGCAUCUGCGAGUGCAAUUGACACGCCGACUUCAGCUCGGUCUCGAUCGGCAUCUCAAUCGAGAUGGGAGCCCGGCAUGCCUCUACCACCGCCGCCGCCGGGGCCUCCUCCCACCCAGUCCAGAUCCCAAAGCCUUAAUAGAACCACUGAUCCCGUAGUCUCCCCACCCACGAGGAGGCCACCUCCUAGUGGUGUAACUGCUCUUGGUCCCGUUCCACCAACUCCUGCAGAUUGGGUCAAUGAGGAGCGGCAGGUCGCGCGUGGCAAAUCGACUAAUCCUCUUGGACUAACUAUCGAUACAUCUGCCGCCGAGUCUAGUUCCCAUGUUCCUCCCGAGUCGGGAUCUGCAUCGGGCUCUGCCGGCCUCAAUAGGACUGGUGCUGUCCGAGGUGAAAAAUCCUUGCGAGAAAGGCGAAAUGAGAGUAGAACACGACAGAGGCCGGAAGAUGGGAUCCAGCCUUUGACUGAUAUUAUAGUUCCUAGCGGAUCGGGCCUAACUCGAAAAUUUUCGGUUCAUAAGGGAACUCCACGCAGCGGUGGUAAAUCAAUAGCCGACGUGCCAAGAUCCGGCGAUGACGUGAACUUCGAUUCUAGAAACUCAACACCUCGUCCGUCUGCCGGACUCCACCCAGAGACACCGACGCCACCAUUUUCACCGCGUCCGCAAAAGGCUUAUCCGGUUGCAGAACCGGGCCACGCUAUCGCUCCGAAGGCUCUUCCCACACCACCACCACAAAGCCGAUCAGCCUCUAACUCCUCUCAGGCACGGCCUGAAAUCCAAAAUUUAAUGAAUGCUCUCUCAUCAGCUACUUAUCCUGCAACCAAACAGGCUGUAAUCGACCAGACACCAGAGCAGUUCUGUCGAGGCAGUGUAGAACGCUUUCAAGCCUUCGCCAACCAGGAAGCAGUCGUACAAUCAGAUGCCGAGCGAGUUAAGCUCUUCACUGAUUUCAUAGUCAACGAGUCUAGGUUACGGCGCGAAAGAUACGCUACGGCUAUUGGAGCGAUGGGAUCUGAAAUAUUUGAUUUAACACGGGAUCUAUUCCGCCCUAUGAAGGUGCGGCGCGACUCGACGAAUUUACAAUCCGGAGAAUGGACACCACAGAUGUCCGAAACGAGAUCACAGCGAAAUUCAAUGAAUUCUGUCUUCCGUGAACAAGUCCAAUCGAACUCAGCUCCAGCUUCCGCAAACCUAACUGCCUCUCCCUCUCCUAUGAAUGGAACCCCUGGUAACACGAAUUGGAAUUCCCAAUACAUGCCAUCGCUGUCACCCAUUCUUAGCAUGAGCGUUAGUGAGCAUCCUGAUGAAUCUAGUUCUAGAGGACGACCAGCGAGCCGAUGGUGGGAAACCGAAUCUGGCGGCGAAGGAAACAGAAUAGAGAGGACAAAGCGUGAAUCAAAGUAUAUGGGCGUACCUAAAGAGGCUAGAGAAGCUUUACAAUGGCAAGACACGCCAGGUAGUAUGGACAGUCAUGCGGGACCUAGUGAACAACACUAUUCAGAAAACGAAUACCCCCCGGAAAAGGUGGGAUGGCACGAAUCAAAGCAGGCCACAACACCUCACCCAUUCCGAAACUCACUUCUAUCCGUGGCCUCAUCAGCACCGAACACUCCGUCUCCAUCUCAGCUUGAUAUAUCACGACUCGUAACACUACCGCCACCAUAUCCGCGCCACCACCCCGCUGUAAAUAACAACCACCCAGAACUUUCCUCUACGCGCACACUCGUGCGAGCCCUCAGCGACCUCCGAGAAAUUCAAGGAACCAAAGACCGCUUCCAGCAAGACACCCAACGAGCCCGCGACGAAGCUUCCCAAGCAGCCACCACACGCCAAAAAUCACUACGCGCAAACCUACACCAGGAAAUUAGCGCAGGUAACAUGUCCUAUGCCGAAGCCGCCGCCAUCGAAGCCGACACGCAAGCCUCCGAAAACGCCAAAGCCAAAGAACUCGAAAAGCAAGAAUUCGACCGCUUCCAAAACGCCGUCGUGAUGCCACUAAACGAACUCCUCACAGGCCGCAUCGCGCAAGCAACCUCGCUUUUCGAAGAACUUCGUUCGCGCUUAUUUGUCGAAACACAGGCUCCGGACCCGAACAUGCCGCAGGAAGAAGGCGACGAGCAGCCGGAGCUGCUGGAGAAGCUGACGCUGCUGAAGUGGAUCUUCGAAGCCCGCGAGAUGCUGCACCGUGAGAACUACGAUUUACUCAGCGACCGCAACGAUCGCUACAAGGAGAUGGUGAUUACCCCGUACCGGCUCUCCGGGAACGAGGAGAAGCUGCGCACAGCGGAGGCGUUUUUCGUCGAUGACGCGGAUAAGCGACGCGUGGCGUUCGCGAGCGAGGUUUUGCAGCGCACGCGCGAGUUUCGCGGGGUUAUAGAGGAGAAUGUCGUGAGGGGGGUCGAUAUGCAACUUAAUGCGUUUUGGGACCUCGCGCCGCCGCUGAAGAGGCUGUUGGAUAAGAUUCCGGCGUCAGUGGAUCAGCAUUUCCGCAUUCAGAUCCCGAAUGCGGAGUUUGAGGAGAACCCGAGUUACCUCACGCAUCCGCUGCAGUAUCUGUUUAGCCUCCUGCUGCAUGCUGAGAAGAGCACGUAUCAGUUCAUCGAGUCGCAGACGAAUCUCCUGUGUCUCCUGCAUGAGGUCAAGGAGGCGGUUAUGAGCGCGCGUGCGAAGGUUGGGGAGGCGGAGGGUCGCGAUCCGAGAGUCGUUGAGGAGGAGCGCAAGGCGGAGCAGACGAUGCUUACGGAUGAUCUUAAGGAGAAGGUGCGCGUUGUUCAGGAUCAAUGGGAGGGCGCGCUUGGUGAGGGUAUGAAGGGUGUUAAGGAGCGUGUGGGUGAGUGGCUCUUGUCAACGGGUGGUUGGGAUGAGAGUCUUGAGGAUGGAGGCGUCGGCGGCGUCUAAGGAUGUUCAAAGACCAAGAGUGUCCCCGACGACUAUUGAAAAGGCAGGAAGGCAAAGUCAACGCGAUUCACUGUUGGUGUAAUGGGUCUAGUGUGGGCGACUGCUUGUAACCC